AUGAAGAACAAGGGAGCCAAGCAGAAACUCAAGAGGAAGGGAGCCACAAGUGCAUUCGGCUGCGACCUCACAGAGUAUCUGGAGAGCUCUGGGCAGGAUGUCCCCUACGUGCUGAAGAGCUGUGCGGAGUUCAUUGAGACUCAUGGCAUUGUGGAUGGGAUCUACCGCCUCUCAGGAGUGACAUCUAACAUACAAAAGCUGAGACAAGAGUUUGUUUCUGACCAAUGCCCGGAUCUGACAAGGGAAGUUUACCUCCAGGACAUCCACUGCGUGGGGUCGCUCUGCAAGCUGUACUUCAGGGAACUGCCCAACCCUCUCCUCACUUAUGAGCUCUACAAGAAAUUCACGGAAGCAGUAUCACGCUUCCCCGAGGACGAGCAGUUGGCACGAAUUCAAAAUGUCAUCCAGGAGCUCCCCCCAUCGCAUUACAGAACGCUGGAAUACCUGAUCAAGCACCUGACUCACCUGGCCUCCUUCAGCAACAUGACCAACAUGCACACCAGAAACCUGGCCUUGGUGUGGGCUCCCAAUCUCCUCAGGUCAAAGGAGAUUGAGGCAGUUGGCUGCAAUGGGGAUGCAGCUUUCCUGGAGGUGCGAGUGCAGCAGCUGGUGAUCGAGUUCAUCCUGAAUCACGUGGAUCAGAUCUUCAACAACAACAGAAAAGCCAGCUGUGCGGAUAAUAUUGAGAGUGCAUCAGUUGUGAAAAGUCUGACUCUCCCCUCGGCCUCCCUGCCGAUGAAACUGGUGAGCCUGGAAGAAGCGCAGGCACGGAGUCUGUCUGCCUCCCACCCUGCUCGGAAGGAAAGAAGAGAGAACAGCUUGCCUGAAAUUGUCCCUGUAACUGGGUCCCUCUUCCACACAGUUGUUGACCUCCCUGACAGCAAGAGAAAAUUAUCUACCAAGUCCAAGAAAUGGAAGUCGAUAUUUAACUUGGGCCGUUCUGGCUCAGAAUCAAAGUCGAAACUGAGUCGAAACGGGAGUGUCUUCGUAAGGGCACAGAAGCUCUCUGAAAAAGCAACUAUUCGGCCCGCGAAGAGCAUGGACUCGCUGUGUUCCCUGCCAGUGGAAGGGGAAGAUGAAAAGAGCAGAUUCAAACGGACAGUGACUACUGGAGGGUUUUUUGUUCCGGUGAUGAAGAUGCGGACAGGAGGCACAGGCAGCUCAUAUGACCUCAGCAAGGAGAAUGAGUGGGAGCGGGAAGGAUCUGCUGUGGGGGCCAAAGGAUGCUCAGAGCUGAGUGGGGAGAAGGGUCCUCCCCGGACACCGCAGGCAAAGUCACCCCCUGAGCAGCUGAAGGUCUUCCGGGCAGCAGAGGAUGCCGAAAACGAGCAGACUUCCCCCAAAGGCGGCCGCAUGUUCUACACCUCUGAAACAGCUGCCAAGUCAGCCCUGAACAUCUCAGAGCCCUUUGCUGUCUCUGUCCCCCUCCGGGUGUCUGCUGUCAUCAGCACCAACAGCACCCCCUGCCGCGUACCUGCCAAGGAGAAGCUUUCCCUCUCCAGCCUAGAGGAGCUGUCUUCACUAGUGGCUGAGAGCACGAGCCCCUCUGCCCUGGAAGCGGGGAUGCACACGAGGACAGAGCAAGCACCGGAGCGGAAGGAGAAACAGCCAGGGCCCACUCUGCCAGCGGAAGCAUCUAGAGGCUCUCACCCUGAGGAGCUGGUGGCAGCCAGGAAACCUGAGUCCUUAGAAACUCCACAGCUACCAGCAGAAAAUCAGGAGACGUUAUGUGGGCAAAGCAGCUGCACAAGCAGCACCAGCAGCCCCCAGCAGGCCUCAGAGCAGAGUCCCACCUUGGAACAAACGCCAGCCUCAGAGGUUCAUAUGGGGCUGCUCACUGCAGACAAGGCAGAGCAAGGACAGCUCAAGACGAAGGAUGUCUCCUCAGAAGGCAGCUGUGGCCAGCAGGAGAUUGAGACGGCUAAGACAGAAGAAGGGUCGCGCUUAAGAGCUGUGACUGAGGAGGACCCUGCAAAUGCCCAUCUAGAACCGCUGUGGCCAGAGAUACAGCAGGAACUGAAAAUUAUCGAACCUGAAGAGGAGCUCUUGCUCUUGCCAGCAGCUGUCUCCAAGACAGCCCUAAUUUCUGAAUCUUCUUCUUCAGUACAAUCAGAUAGUUCUUCUUCUGGCCCAGGGCAGAGUCCAACACUGUCUGAGCAGAAAUCUGCAAGCAGAACACCACAGAUAACAACUCAGGUGCCUUUAUUUAGUGCCACCGGCAUGGAACGACAAGACAGCCUCCACAACUGCCAGUCUGAUGUGGUUGCACAGCAGAGCUGUGCUUCAGCCCUACCCAAACUGGGUACUCUUCCGACUGGCACAGCUGCUCCAAAGAACCACCACCCAGUGGUGGACAGCAGGAGUGAAUGUCUCACUCCUCCCCUGGACUGGAAGCUUCAUAGUCAAUCAGAAUUUAAUGAGGUUGCCCCAAGUGAUGAAUUUUCUUGUUCCAAAGGAGCAUGUACAGAGUCAGGGAGAGAAAAAGAUAGCACUUGCCAGCUGCAGAGGGAAAAGGAUGGUCUUACCAGAGUCCAAACUCAGAGGGAGAAGCCUGAGAUAACGACUGCUGAUGAAAGGGACACUUUCUCCUCCAAGGCGCUGAGUGGAGCUGGAAUCCAGGAGCUGAAGGAGGGCAAUGCUGUUAGCAGAACCCAUGAUGCUGGUGACCAGGAUGACGAGGAUACCUGGACAGAUAAUGUGCAGAGCUUAGAACUUGUGGAGCCAUGGGAGGAUCACCAGUGGGUUACAAGCCCACUCCAUUCCCCCACCUUUAAGGACCUUCAGGAGAAGAUGAUACAGGAGUUUCAGCCACAGAGCCAGAGAGCAGAGACAGGCCUUUCUCUUAGACCACGAUUCAGUCGCAGCCUCUCCCUGGACAGUAAAGACACAGUGAUGAGUCUGUGGACUAUCCCAUUCUCUUUCAUAGAUGCCACUGACCAGCAGCAACCAUGCAGUGACAUUCUGCCAGUGACUUGUGAGCUUCCCAAAACACAACCCAUCUCCCCCUCUAGUUUGGGCAAAACUAAGCAAGGUGAGAAUGGCACAAGUCCUCCAGAAGAACCUUUGAAACCUGAGGAGCUGAGGUACCCCCUCAGCAGGGAGGAAGCACCAGCUGAGAAAGAAGGACCCUCCGGAAUCCCUCUUUCAGAGCCAGAGGAAAAGAAAGUGGAUGUGAGCAAAGAAAACCCUUGGAGCUCAAAGCUUGAGCUGUCUUUACCGUACCAAAAUAGCCCAGGCAGUUCUUCACAGGUGAAGAACACAAAGGAGGAGUUAUCCAUAUCUCAGGACACUGCCCUGGAAGGAGAGACUGUUACCAAAGCAUUGUGCUCUGCCACUGAGUCACAGCUGAGUAAUAAAGGUGAAGAAACACCUCGCAAAGUGAAGACUAGGCCAUCAUCCCUCAACUUGGAUUCGCUCCUUCCAGCCCCAGAUUUCUUCACAUUUGAGAGCCUGUCCAUGCCCUCUGCCCCUGGGAACCUCUUGUGCGGGCAGAAGGAAGUAAAAAGCAGUGAUUCUGUCCCAUCCCUGCCAACUACCUGCCCUGCUGCCAGUAAAGGCAUUCCCUGGGGGUCUCGUUUCAAUGCCCACGUGGAUUUAGACUUGGAUUACCUGGCAGUGGCCCACGCCACCACUGGCCGUCGUAACUCUGCCCCUGUCAGCGUGUCGGCGGUCAGGACCUCCUUCAUGAUUAAGAUGUGCCAGGCUAGAGCAGUGCCCGUGAUACCGCCCAAGAUUCAGUACACUCAGAUCCCCCAGCCCCUGCAAGCUCAGAACACUGCUCUGCCAGCUGAGAAGAAGGAAUCAGAAGCCAAGCAGGCCAUUACGCAGACUCAACGGGUGGCAUGGAGCCACCUGGAGGCCCCCAAGAGCCCACUGACAGAGAAGAAAGCCAAAGCAGAGAAAGAAAACAGUGACCCAGCUCAAAAGGACUCAGCCUGUCCUUGGCACAGCAGCCUUGGCUUUCCGCUGGAACCAUCUCAGUCCAGCCAUCACCCUGCACCGGAUGCCCCUGUUCUGCGCCGAAAGCGCACCUCUGAGGGGGAGACAGCUGGAGAUAACCCGCAGUCCUCAAAGAUGGAGAGGCCAUCGGGGUUCUCCAAGCCUUCCUACAGGUCUAGGCCCGGGAGGCCCCAGAGUCUGAUUCUCUUCAGUCCCCCUUUCCCCAUUAUGGACCAUCCCUCCUCUUCAGCAGACUCCAGGGUGUUGUUAUCACCCAUAAGGAGCCCCACUCACACCACCUCUUCAAGCCCCAUUUGUGGCGAUCUGUCUGAGACUUCGCGGACAACGCCUGAGGGGGUGACGCUGCGAAACAAAAUGACCAUCCCCAAGAAUGGCCAGAGACUGGAGACCUCUACUAGCUGCUUUUACCAGCCUCAGAGGCGCUCUGUGAUUCUGGAUGGACGAAGUGGGAGGCAGAUCGAGUAGCAACUGCUUCUCUUAUUCCUUUUCCGUGGUGGAUGGGAUGGGAGUGUCCAAGACCAACUCUGUUGCCAUUUUGCUGUUCUUAUAACUAUUUUGUGCAAGAUGGACCCGAAUCCUUUACGGUUUCCUGCAAAGCAUUUUGCUACAGAGGGUCAUAGUCUUUUUGUCUUGCUUUUCCUUCCCUUUCUCACCCCUGCCUAGUCCCUCACUGUCUGCUUUUUUUUGUAAGCCAGUCCCAGGGAACUUGCAUUUCCUCAUACUUAUUGUCUAACAAGCCCUGUGAAAGUCUCAUCCUCCCUAUGGAAAAAAGGAAAAAUAAAUCUCGGUAUAAUUAGAAAAUAGGGCUGGGAGGAAACACUGUUCCAAAGCACUGCAGCCCAGGGUGCAGGGGCACAUCUGUUGAGAAGGUAAGUCCAGAUGUUUGGGACCUUCUUCCAUUGUUUCCCAGCCACCAGUGAAGGACCACGCCUAUCCAUUUCUGUUGUCUGAUUUAGACAGUGUAGAUGAACAGUGCAAGGAGACUGGGGAUAGCUGAAGAGAAAGGUGAAGCUGGCAUGAGCAAGUCAUACAGUGUGUGAGACACCCAAGGAUGUUCCAGUGGCAAACAUACAACCUGAAGGCACUGCCUCCAGCUCUGUCCUUGCAUCAAAGAUGUGCUCUUUCCAGCAUGUGCAAGGAACGAAAGUAGCUGGACAGGAAAUGCCUAGUUGUUCUUUUAAUCUUCCAAGUCCUGCUCAUGAGUUUUGUUGUGCUCAGCCACAUCUGCCGUGGGCAGACAACAUCCGUGUGGCUGGGGAAUGAGUGUGUAGCUGACUGUCCAGCGGUAGAGACUUCUCAGGCUGGUAUCAAUGAAAGCAAAGAUAUGGUCAUAACAAAGGCCAGUAUCAACUAUUUUCAUCAUUGCUUAAAGCCAGAUGACACCUCUGCAACUAUCUCCAGCUGUGCUCCACACUGCCAACAGCAGAGAAAAGCAAGAGGAUCUUCUGAUCUGCAUGGCCUUGGGCUAUUGCCCUCUUGCACCCUGACUGACAUAUCUUUGACCCUUGGUCUUUCAUUGCCACUGUGUGGCAUGUCCCCAGGUGCUUCUUCCUCCUUUAAACUUCCUCUCCUUGUGAUUUUACACUGUUUCUUUGACAGCAUGGCUGGUUGUCACCUCCCCGGCCCUCAGUGCUUUCACAUUGAUUAAGAGUAUGGUAAAGAGGAUUGUUUGUGGGACUGCAGAACAGAUCAUGAACAAUAUCCUGAGAGGGGGAUCUGAAGUGAAUUAAACUCUCUCCUGAAGGGCCGUUAUUGUUACAGGCAAAUACACGUUCUUAUAAGCAACAGCUGCCACGGGCAUAGAAUUAAAGCUUCCUUUAUAAAGCCUCUAACUCUGCAUUAACCACGGACUCAUCUAUUGCCUGGUAUGUGACUGUGGGCGAUUGCAAAGUCAGGUACAGCCUGUGUUGUCUCUGCAAUUUAAAUGUCACUAGUGACUAUGGAGGAGAUGGGAACACAGGUGCUGCUGCCAGCACUGAGAUUAUCCCUGAAAUGGUGCUUGCAGGGGCCAUCGUUCAUGGAGAUGUCUGAGUCUGUAGGCCCUCGGGUGUGUAUUAGGGGCUACAGUUUAAGCAGUAACUGAGCAUCUGGUCGGAGGUGCUGUAGCCACCACAAUGAGUGUUAGUCAGAAUUUCCCAAUGGAUGUAUGUUUAGGGCUUUUUUUCUGAAGUACUGGCAUUUUCAAAUUGUUAGCAAACUCAACCCAUGAGCUCUUGGUCUGUACUGAAUGUGUCACUUAAUUAGUGUCAUUGUGGCUGGAGGGCCCAGAGUCUGUACAGUGCUUCCUCUGCACUCUUUGAUUGCUAAAGGGGUGAGAUGCCAGAGUACUUUUGAGAAGUUCUGGGCCCACAAAUGCAAGGAAUAUAUCUUCAGCAGAAUUUUCUCCUGCCAUAUCCAAAGGGAGUGUGAAAAAACAAGAGGGCUUUUCCUUGUCACCAGUUGCAGUCUUUGAUCCUCCCCAUUGUACUCCUCACUUGUGCGUAACACAAUAUAAGAGGGAACAGAGCGGAGAACUAAGUCCGUGCUGUCAGUUUUAUUGAGGGAGAACAUUAAACCAGACGAGAGCUUGGAGUUCUUGUUUGGGUCCAUGUUGUCUCACAGAUGUCAGCUUAUGCUUUACCUGAGCAAGCCAUGGACGGCAGGUCUGGAAUAUGCAGCUACAUGACAAUUGUAUUAUCCUCCUCCCAGACCAUAAGAUGCCUGUGCAGCCUCCCAUUAAAACUAGGGGAUUUCCAGUCCUCCAUGCUCCUCAUAGUUAGCACAGCUCUUUGCUGCAUUUACAUGGCACCCAAAUGGCUUUUUUACUGCCUCAUGGGAAAGCUUUUAACCAUCACGGCUGGGUUAAUGGCAAAUGACUUGGAAAGGUGCGAUAUGAGGUAUUGUGAUAAGGCUUUAGAGAAAGUAAAAGUUGUGGAAGUGAUGCCCAGGUUUUUUUGGCAUCAACAAAAUAGUUUACUUUGGGCAGGGAUUUAUAUUCUCUCAGUUCCUAGAAGCUUUGACUGCCAAGGCAUCUGGAACAGAGCCAGCAAAGCUCAUGAAGUAAUGUAUCAAAAGAAAAAGAAAAUGUGAUGAAACCUUGGCACCUUAAAUUCAUUCUCCCCCCCCCGGCCUUGUUCUCAUAUAAGCUGAUCUAUGAACAAGAAGAGAUCUGGCAAUUUGUAUACAAUACACUGUCUCAACUCUUAACAGUGUUCCAGUAAGUAAUAGUGCUUUUGGCAUAAGUGGUGAAACUCCUGCAAGAGAAAAUUAUUAGAAAUCUUUACUUAAUAUUAAAGGUCAGCCUCAACUAAAAUCUGUAUCCAGACGAUACUUUUUAAGGGUGUUUCAGAACUUGAACUCAGAUCCAGGUCCUGGAUUUUAAUUACGCAGAGAUUCUGUAAUGAGAGCUCUAUUUUGUAGCUUGAUCCCAUCUCUACCCACAAUUGCAUCUCCAGCCUUCAGCUGAUGUAUCAAAUUUCCAAGAGCCUUAGCCAAGUGGGCUUAAUGCAGGCACGUCACUAUAGCUCUGUGGUCAAAAGUGGGCUUCUAUCAAGAGAGAUGAGAGAAAGCCCCGGAUCCUGCAGAGCUGGGAGUACUUGUUUAGUUGCAAGGUGCACCAUUGCACAGGUGUCACCAUUCCCAAAUCCAGACCCAGACUUCUGCAGAGUUUCUAAUGCUUGAUGAUGGAUCCAUGUUGACACUGAUAGUUGCAGUCAGCUUCAAGGAGCAGGGCUUGAUAGUUGGAUAGAUCCAGAAGACAGAAGCCAUCUCAGCCACUCUCAGAGUGGUGCUGACCGUGUGGUUGGAGCUUCCUGAGAUCCAACAUUACUAAGCCAUUCCUGAGGUCAGCUUCAGGGUCAGACCCAAUGUCAUCUUUGCUUCAGAGCCCUUAGGUUGUCCUCUGCCACCCUGCAGUAGCAGAUUGAACCUGAGACUGGAAGCUCUUCCAAAGUUCAGGGUUUUGCAGUGGUACCUGGUGGGUACCAAACUCCUGCCCUCCAGCACAACCCUGCAACACUAGAGACUUUAAGAAAGGAUUUUGGGGUUUUUGCCUGGUUUUGGGUUUGUUUGGUCUUUCCUGUGAAGCAUUAUGGAGAGGGAUAGAUCAGAUUUAUGGGAGAUGGGUCUGGCCCAGAAUUUGAAGAUUUGUGUAAGGGAGAGCCAGGUCGGUUGUUCUUGGCACUAUGGAAAGGACCUUCCUAAGUAAACUGUCACAUCAUUUGCAGCUCUGCAAGGAUCAUUUCAGGGACCCUGCAGUACAUUCGAGUCCCUUGAGACUGUGAAGAGUGUCAAGGCCACUCCCUAAUUUUGCAGAUGGCCCCAGUCUCAGUCAUGAUACUGUAUCACCAGCACGUGUUGCUUGUGCACUUUUACCAAUGGGAGACAAGUGACUAAAUUUCACCUAUUCUUCCCAUGUGGUCAGGGGGUUUGUGUAGCUUCUGUUAAGUGUAGCUCAGAGUGAAAUGGUUGGGCUGGCAAAGAUGGGAAUCCCCUGACGGAAAGGAGGAACACAGAUAAUGUUAGCUCAGGUAGGAGCUGCCUUAUUGGCGUGAGGGUAAACAGAAAUGAGGAUUGUAUUUUACCUUAUAAACCACAUUCCUCUGGGCUGUCCAUCCCAUGCUAUCACUUCAGAAAGACUGAAGCACUUCUUUUUUUCACCUUUAGAGCUUCAGAGGAACUUAGGUCUGCAUUAGAGAGCAUCCAUAAAGCCCUGCAACAUUUUCCCUCAUCCAGAGUCCAAAUGGUGCAAUCAAAGUCUUUUUCCUUUCUUUAUGAAUUCUGAAAUGCUUGUAGUGGUGAAUAUUGUGUUAAAUUUAUAUAUAUAUAUAUAUAAAAGAACAUUCUAUAUAAAUAUAUUAAAAAGAAAAUGUAAUUAAAACGAAGGAAUUGCCUAAAUAGAAUCCUGCACACCUGUGAAACUUGGGUUGAUGCAUGGAACUGUUUUCUGCUGCAACUUUUGUAGCACUGAGGGUGUGAGAUCAACUGGCUUUUUGCCCACAGAGGAGAAGCUAAUUAGUUCUGGCGAAUCUGUGGUGGGCAGAAGGCCUGAAUCUGCCUUCCUGGGCCGGAUCAUGUCCUGGGAGAGGAGGGAUGAGAUCAGGGGAGACCAGAGUGCAAGAACUGAUUUAGCUUUCCACCACAAGCUUCUCCCCAGUCCUUGAAAAUGCAAACAAUCUACUGGAGCAUAUGUUAGCUUUCAGGCAUGCCCAGGUUUUGCAGUUGUCCCUUUUGCCUCUCUCCAUCUCUAGAAAAAAAGAAAAUCUCUUGGGAUGGGUGUAGCUGGUCCCAAUUUGGUUUAGCUUUUGCUUGCUCCUAAUCAAUGUAAAGGUUUGGUGAUAACUAAUUCUGCUCCAAGCAAGGAAUGGAAAGCUUGCCACUGAGUUAAACUGGAGAUGGAGCAGGACUUUAACAGCCCUGGAAAGGAAGGAUGGCAGGAGGCAAGUGCUUCCUGAGGGCUCCAUGCAGCGGCCCAGACCUUAGAUCUUGUUCUUGCAGGCAGUGGUCCCCUUUGAAAUACUAUUUGCUGCCAGGUCAAGGGAAGGGCUGGAAGUCAGACACUGUGAAAAGGACUGUCCGCAUCCCACUGGCCCUGGUUUGUGAUUAUUUCUCCUGCUAGCUCUGAUGGAUUGUAUUUUUUUAAGCUUUGUUCUCUAUGUGGACUUGCUUGCCUUUGUGCCUUAUUGCUUUAAAAAAAGAAAG